GUUUUGAUUUAAAUUUGGUUGAUCAACAGUUAAUCUAUCAUUUAUUAUUUUUUUGUGUUCUCUUGUUCAACUUAAUACAACUUUCACUUCAAGAUGAAGAUUACUCUUGUACUAUUUUUACUUUCUUUCAUUGGACUUUCUCUUUGUUUUGAUGAGUUUGGAUCCAAGUUUACCUCAAACUAUAACAGCAUCAAUACUGGUAAUGUCAAAGAUUUACUUCAAGAUGAAUGGGAAGCUUUCAAAUCAAUGUACGGAAAACAAUAUUCAAAUGAAACGGAGGAAUAUUUCCGUAUGAAAAUUUUCAUGGAAAACAAAAGGAAAAUUGCUCGCCACAAUAUUCGUGCUGCCAAUGGAUUCCAUACUUAUCACCUGACAAUGAACCACUUUGGUGAUCUACUUCAUCAUGAAUUUGUCAAACUAAUGAACGGAUUUAAGGCUCAUUUGCGACUUCAUACAUACAAUGCUUCAACUUUCCUCACACCACACAACGUUGCUCUUCCCAAAUCAGUAGAUUGGAGAGAAAAGGGUUAUGUCACUGAGGUUAAGAACCAAGGACAAUGUGGAUCAUGUUGGGCUUUCAGCACGACUGGAGCUCUUGAAGGACAAAACUAUAGAAAGAGUGGAAAACUUGUUUCUCUGAGCGAACAAAACCUUGUCGAUUGCUCCAAAAAGUUUGGUAAUAAUGGCUGUGAAGGUGGACUCAUGGACAAUGCUUUCUCUUAUAUUCGCCAUAAUCAUGGUAUUGACACAGAAUCUGCUUAUCCAUAUGACGGAAAAGAUGAAAGAUGUCGAUUUACUCGUAAAGACAUUGGUGCCACCGACACUGGAUUUGUUGACAUUGAAGCUGGAAGUGAACAAAAGUUGAUGGAAGCUGUUGCAACUGUUGGACCUGUUUCAGUUGCCAUUGAUGCAAGUCAUGAGUCCUUCCAAUUUUAUUCCCACGGAAUUUAUGAUGAACCUGAAUGUAGCUCUGAAGAGCUUGACCACGGUGUUCUUGUCGUUGGUUAUGGCUCAGAUAAAGGCGGUGACUACUGGAUCGUUAAAAACAGUUGGAGUGAAACUUGGGGUGAAAAAGGAUACAUUAAAAUGACUCGAAACAAGCAAAAUCAAUGUGGAAUUGCUUCUUCAGCCAGUUAUCCAUUGGUCUAAUUGCGCAUUAAAGAGAUUUAAAUAAGUUUAUUACUACUAUGAAAAUAUUAAUAAUAUAACAACAUAUAUAAUAUAAAAAUAUAAUAUUAACUAGCUUUUCAACAAUUCAACGGUCAAAUAUGACCUUUUUCCGUCUAUUUCUGUGCUCAAGCUUAGUAUCUCAAUGCUAAAUAUGUAAACCUAUUUUUUGAUGAGAAAAAGUUCAAAAAAUUAAAGAAAAUUAAAAGGAUCGUUAGUAGAAAGGUCA